CGGCCCUGAGCUGGUCUGUAAUGAUCCUGUCAGCUUCGUUCCUGCAAGACUGACAUCAUAAACACUUCACGGCAUCAUUACCAACGACAUCUGUUGUCUGUCUGGGAAGAUGUUGUGGAAUUACCGGGUCCGCUGUGACAGCUCCAGUCUCGGUAAACACAUUAAGCUUCACGCAAAUAUUCAUUUCUAGACUUUACAACAAAGGAAUCACUCUGAAUAUGUCACUUGUCGAUGCACAGAAAAUCAUUUCUGCUCCUAAUUUCCUCAGAACCUCUCAGUGAACUGACAGUUUUUUUCCUCCUGUGGUCUUUCCUCAUCACUCCUCACUGUUUUUCUCAUUAGCGUGUCUUUAUUCCCCCCCAAAUGCACUUUCCACUUCCUCUGCCAGCACUUUCCCCAUGUUGCUGUUCACUCCGGACUCAUGUGAGCAAAGCAACAGGACCUGAUUUGAACUGAACCGUUUCGGGAGCAAAUGAAAACUUAAUGGAAGGAACGGGUUAAGCAUCUCUGUGCUGAUGUGGGGAAAAUUCAUCAUUCAUAGCUGCAUUACAUUUUCUAAGCAGACUGUGUGACUCUAGAUAACACUGAGCUCCUGCAGCUUUCUGGGAAUUUCUUUGGAAGUUUGUUAGUUUGGCAGCCGACAUGCUCACUUUUCUCACCAGGAAUGUACCCAUGUUCGCUGUUCCGGAGCCGAAACUCUGGUGCCUCCUGCUAAACCUCUGUUUCUGUGUAACUGGGUGGCCUCAUGUUCUGACAGCAGACAACUGUCCGAGCUCCAAGUGGAACGUCAUGUGUCGUCCAUGUUGUGAGUACGACCUGAUCCAGUGUCGGUGUCCCUCGAAGGGAACGAAGGUCGGAUACACCGUCCCCUGCUGCCGCAACGCUGUAAAUCAGUGCGACCCCUGUAUCAUUCACCCAGGCUGCAGCCUUUUUGAGAACUGCAAAACCUGCCACAAUGGAACGUGGAAAGCUAAUGAUGACUUCUUCGUCAAUGGAAAGUAUUGCACGGAGUGCCGUGAAGGCUGGAGUGGAGGGGACUGUAAAACGUGUGGAGGCGUCCUUCAGCGAGCUCAGGGUCACAUCGCCCUGGAGAGUUACCCAACCAAUGCCCGGUGUGAAUGGACGCUGCAGGUGGAACGAGGCGGCAGCAUCCAGCUCAGGUUUUCACUCCUUAGUCUGGAGUCCGACCACAACUGUCGCUACGACUACGUGGAAGUGCGCGAUGGCGACGACCUCAACUCCCCUGUGAUUGGCCGGUUCUGUGGGGAUAGGACACCUCCUCCAAUCAAAAGCUCUGGGAACCUUUUGCACAUUCUGUUCGCCUCAGACGGCUACAGCAACUUUGAUGGAUUUGUUCUUACUUUUCAGAAGAUUGCAGGUUCCACCAACAAGAACGCAGCUUGUUCACUCCCAGAAAAACCUCUGAAUGGAUAUCUGCUGCCUGUGUUUGGCCCAAAGGAGGAGCUUGUGUUAGUGAACCACCGGUGUCAUCCACCUUUUAUUCUGGCCGGCAGCGAGCAGAGGAUCUGUCUGCCUAAUGGCACAUGGAGUGGUUCAGUCCCCUCAUGUGUAAAAGGCCAAACAAGCCCACUCCGGUGCGGCCCUCCGCCCAAAUUGCUCCACGGCUACCACAGAGCUGCUGGAGGCGCAGAGACGAUCGAGUUUUUCUGUAAAGACUCCUACAUGUUGAGUGGUAACCGCCGGAGUACCUGCCUCCCUAAUGGAUCCUGGAGUAGCAGGUCACCCAAGUGUGUGAAAGUCUGUCGAGAACCCAAAGUGUCUGAUCUUGUGCGGCAAACUGUUGUGAAGCCACAUCUAUUAACGAGAGAGAGUUCAGAGCAGAGACUCCACCUGUCAUCCAGGUACAACAUCCACGACCUGCUGUCAGCCAGAUUCAUCCCUCUGACGUCAGGCAGACAGUCCAGCGGAGAUGACGUCGCCUUGGAGGAGAUUCCUCGAGGAUUUCAUUCCAUCUACACCAGCAUCGAGUACAGAUGUGCUUCACCUCUGUACCAAACCACCGGAACCUCCAGACGCACCUGUCUGAAGACCGGCAGGUGGAGCGGACGCCAUGUUACCUGUUCACCAGUUUGUGGUAAAUUAGCCUCUUUCAGUCGACUCAACCUCUCCGACACUCAGUGGCCGUGGCACGCAGCCGUCUACAUCCGCUCGCCUCCGGAUCACAGCGCGAGCACCCUGGGGUCCCCUGGAGGGGCCAUGUUGGACCAGCAGGGGGCCUCGGAGGAGUCCUCGUUCUGGGUCCUGGCCUGUAGCGGGGCCCUGGUGGCCCAGCGGAGGGUCCUGGUGGCGGCUCAGUGUGUGUUCAGCAAGGACGAGCAGCAGCUCCUUCACCCCCAGCAUGUGAAAGUUGUGGUUGGUCUGCAGCAGCAGACGGCCAGGGAUCGGCUGAAAGGCCUGCAUCAGCUCAGGGUUUCAGACAUCUCGGUUCAUCCAGACUUUCCCUCCUCGUCGGACUCGGAUGUCGCCGUGCUGAAGCUGAAAGACAAAGUCAGGAUCAGCGAGCGAGUGCUGCCGGCGUGUCUGCCCCGAAUGCAGGGAGGAGAGGCGACAGCUCAGGAGGCUUACACUGUGAGUGCCAACAAAAUGCAGAAGCAAGUGGAGGUCAGGAUGGACGAGAACCACCUGGAGCCCAUAGUGGACACUUCUGAUAGUUUUUGCAGCUCCUUCUGUGACAAGAUCAUGAAGAACAUGGUUCUUACUCUCACAAUCCUUGGUGUGUUUCUGGGCUCCAUCGCCGGGAUGCUUCUGCGGCACAUAUCGCCUCUCCCCGCCGACGUUAUAAUGAUCAUUGCCUUCCCCGGGGAGAUCCUAAUGAGGAUGCUGAAGAUGCUUAUUUUGCCGCUUGUUGUUUCCAGUCUGGUCACAGGACUGGCCGGUUUGGACGCCAAAUCCAGCGGCCGCUUAGGAACCAGGGCCAUGGUGUAUUACAUGUCCACGACGGUGAUCGCAGCCGUCCUGGGGGUGAUCCUGGUGCUGCUCAUCCAUCCCGGAAACCCCAAGCUGAGGGCCAAUCUGGGUCAGGGCAAGAAGAACGACGAUGUGUCCAGCGUGGACGCCUUCUUCGAUCUCAUUCGAAACCUGUUCCCGGAGAACCUGGUGCAGGCCUGUUUCCAGCAGAUCCAGACGGUUACCACCAAAAUACCGGUGCCCACCAACAGAACCAAAGCACCUCCGCAGUUCACAGUCAAGAGGUCGCUUCAGUUCAAGAGUGGGAUGAACGUCCUGGGUCUGAUUGGAUUCUUUGUCGCUUUUGGCGUCAUUAUGGGCAAAAUGGGAGAGAAGGCCAAGCUAAUGUUGGAGUUUUUCAACGUCUUGAACGAGAUCGUUAUGAGGCUCGUUGGUGCAAUUAUGUGGUACUCUCCCGUCGGUAUCGCCUGCCUCAUCUGUGGAAAGAUCAUCUCCAUCGCUGACUUGGAGAUGGUCGCGCGGCAGCUGGGGAUGUACAUGGUAACCGUGAUCGUGGGCCUCAUCAUCCACGGAGGCAUCUUCCUUCCGCUGAUCUAUUUUGUGAUAGUAAAAGAAAACCCCUUCACGUUCUUUAUGGGAAUAUUCCAGGCCUGGGUCACGGCACUCGGAACAGCAUCCAGUGCCGGCACCUUGCCUGUCACAUUCAGAUGCUUAGAGGAGAACCUGGGCAUCGACAAGAGAGUAACACGCUUCGUCCUCCCGGUGGGCGCCACCAUCAACAUGGACGGCACGGCGCUGUACGAGGCCGUGGCGGCCAUCUUCAUCGCUCAGAUGAACGGGAUCGAGCUCGACUGGGGCCAGAUUGUUACUGUGAGCAUGACAGCCACCUUGGCCAGCGUGGGAGCGGCCAGCAUCCCCAGCGCUGGACUCGUGACCAUGCUUCUGAUCCUCACGGCGGUGGGGCUUCCCACUCAGGACAUCAGCCUCCUGGUGGCUGUCGACUGGCUGCUGGAUCGUUUCCGUACCUCGGUCAACGUGGUCGGAGACUCGUACGGAGCAGGAAUCGUGUACCACCUCUCCAAAGAUGAGCUGGACUUGUACGACGCCCAACAGGCCCGGAUGGACGAGUUUGAGAUGGCAAAGACGCAAUCAUUCUUUGAAAAUAACACCAACCAGAAUGUAUACUCUCACCACAACUCAAUCUUGAUAGACGACUGCAAGGUCACCAUGGGCAAAAAUGGCAACACCGCAGAGUUCUCUCUUGUUGAAGAGGAACCGUGGAAAUGCGCAUAAAGCAGAUGCAGCCGCUGCACCUUACCCUGAGUUUCACCAGCUUUUGCUUUCUGCCGACACAACUGUAAAAAAACAAAAAAACAACGAUAACAAUAAAAAACAACAACAAGAAAACACACCAAAGAAAGAGGAGGUGAAAGGACGAACUGUCGGACAGCCAGUGGAGCGAACCAACAACUUGCAUUAGAUCUUGCAUUUGCACCAGCAACACAAACUGUCGCAUUUCAUUCACGGAGGAAUCAGUUGACAACACUCAGGGCCUUACUUGGUGCUGCUGCAAGCUUCUUGUCCUGAUAACAAACAAAAAAAACCUUCUACCUUGUGCAACACCUCUUCCUUUUUUUUUUCUUUUCUAUUGAAGCAUUUUUCUUUGUAGCUUAAAAGGCAGAGAGAUGAUGUGUGAAUGAUGGCCUUGCCUGUUGAAUUAAAUACAAGGACAGAGAGAGCUACAAUAAAGACAAAAAUACGGAGUAAAAUGUUCGCAAUCAACACAUCUUCAUUAUUGUUGCACUGUGAAUGGCUUUUUUGAUUUCUGAAAGCUGUGACGUCUAAUGAGACACUAAAUUUAUGUAGCAAAAAUAGCACGGAGGGAGGAAAUAGCGCUUCUGGUGGCGUUCGAAGGGAAGUGCAGGACAUUUAAAUCACUGCACUACCUUUGACUCUUUGAUUUAUGGGAUUAUUCCCUGAUGUCACACACGGUCAAGCCUAAGAAGCGAAGCUUAGGACUUAAGAGGAGGAAGGCCUGGCCUCUAAAUGUGGCAGCAAACAGUACAGAAUGUGUUGCAGAGAGCAAAGCUGAAAAUAGAGGACAUGAAGGGUGCCUCGCAGUUCUCUCUCUCUUUCUUUCUUUCUUAUUUCUAUUUUGUAUGUGUGUGUUCUUUCAUGUGUGACGCACUGAGUGUCUGUUAGUGAUCUGCCUGUCCUGGAUGUGUUCAUGUGUGUUUCCUGAGAGCAAGAGAAGAACUAGAAAGUCGGAGGUUGAAAACAAAACAAAAAGCAAAAGAAAGAGGAGAAUCGCCUCUCAAACUCUCUGCAGGCCAGUGCAUUGUUCUGUGUUUUAUUUCACACUGUUUAUUUUAUCUUUGCUAUAUGACAACCUUGCCUUGAAGAUGUCACAUGCAGAGUGCAGUCAGUAUGAUGACUAAGACGUUUCUGGAUUCAUUAUUUCAGUAGAGUAUUAUUCUUUAGCAGAGCGAAUGGAAACAGCCCCACCUUUUAACUUUACCUGCACCGAGUGUUCCUACCUUACAGGAUUAUUACUGUUUUGUAGACUUCACGCUGCAGAUUUAGAUGAAAAAAAGAAUAAGCUUGUAAAGAUAUUUUUUUUAGUUAAUAAGCUGUGGUCAUGUCUGUUUAGCAAGUGCACACGAAAUUCUGCCUCCAGCACUCGCAUAAAUCUGACGCCGUAACAACAAGGUCAUUGAUUCUGGUUCGAUAUGUUCAUGUUUUUGAGUUUCACUCUGUGUAGAAACUCCCCAGAAACCUAAAACUGGUUUGAUUCAUUUCUCUGUCAUAUAAGCAACAGCUUAUAUAUUCUUUUUUUUAAAGUGCCUCCUUGCACUUUGUGUAUAUAUUCUCUUUAGAUAAAAAUGUACAAAUCAAAUGUAUAGAACUUUUUGUCAUCAUAAUUGUUUUUUUGUUAUGCUAAACAUUUCUAUAAAGAUUAUAACUAUACACAUACAUAUAUACAUAUAUAAAUAUAUGCAACAAUGUUAGUACAAGUUAAGUUUCUUCUCUGGGCCACUAGAUGUCUCAGUAGCUUGUGAAUUUAGCGUCGUUUAUUUACAAAAAAUGCUGUUUUUAGGAGAAACUUCUGAGCUGCGAAUGGUUUUCCAGUAAAGCAAGUCCAAUAUUUCACAAUUUUCUCUUCUUUCAUGGCUGCUGUUCAUGACCCAUUUUGGUUAUUUAAAGGCUGAGGCGGUUUGGGGGGCGUGACAAUAUUGGUGUUGGCAGCUACACUUUGUCUACUUGUGAGACCUCAGUAAGCCGUCCAGCGAUUGGCUCAAAGUGCCGCCUUGGAAGAGAGUCUUUCUCUUAAAUUAGGAGCAAAACCCUGAUUUCAUGUCAAAAAUCCCAUCAUUUAUUAAUUCAUUACUUCCCUUGUUCGAUUCGCUACUGGUCCUCGUUCUGAUUUAGAAUUUGUUCUGGCCUAGUGUAGCGAGUGUUUUCUAUGAACAUGUGACACUGUACCAUCUUUAGAUCAUAAAACGUAUAUUUUCUAUUUUUGGUUCUAUGAACAUAUUGGUCCAAGAAUGUAUUGAAGAAAGCAAAAUGUUCCUUUUCUUUCUUGGCUGACUAAAUGCAAGGAUGUAGGAUUGAAUGGACCAAAGAAAUAUCGCAAAAGUAUUCAUCCGGAAAACGGACUGAAAGUGUGUAAAGGUUUUAAUACUUGUCUGUUAAUGUUAAUGGAAACAAAUAAAUGUUUAUUGAUGAA